AGUAUUACCGUUAUCCAAUGAAAAAUGUUUAUCUCAAUUUUAUAUGAAAUUGAAGAACUAAUCGGAACACUAGUGAUCAAGCACGAUUAUCACUCUAUGUAUAAGCUCAUGACACAAUUGUUUAUUAGUAAGCACACUUUAUAUUGAUUUAUUGUAAAUGGAGUUAAAAUAGUCAUAUGAUUCUAUAUCAUAUAUAAAAAAUUAGUUAGUUGAUAAACAUAAAAUAUUUUCUAAAACUGCUUUAUGGUCGGAAGGAAACGUGUCUUUUUAUUUCAGCAAUGAAAGAAGAUGAAGAAAAAUGUCGAAAAUUUAGAAAAUAUAGAAAAUAUACAUACAUUAUUACAAAAUAUCAUUACACUAUGAAUGGGAUGAUAAUUUAAUGGAAUUUCAAAUUAAAAUCGUUCAAUAUUAUACCUUUUGUCACGUGACUGAUAUAUAUGACGAGCUAAAUCUAACAAGAAUAACAGCUAGAUCAAUAAAAUAAUCGAAACUAUAGACUUUCAAGUUAUAUCGAUUAUAUUUCAUAUUUUAUAUUAUUAUUCAUGCUCUUCGUAAUUUAGAGAAACAUUUUUAAAUGAUAAUCAAUAUCAAUUGACUUUUCACAGUAGUUUCGUUAAUACAUUAUAUUUUAAAUUGUAUUUUCGAUGAUACUAUUUUUACAUCUUGUCGUUGUGUAAAAGCGCGCAGUUCACACAGUAUCUAAUAGUUAAUAUUGUAGUAUCUUUUUUAAAAUAUUCUUGCGUCAGCUAGAAUUUUAACUAAACGUUACGAUCUAAAAAUUACAAAAUAUACGAAGUGUAAUCAUAUUACGCAGAUUAUUGAAAUUUAUAAAGUGAAAUUUCCAUAUUAAGAUGUUUCGUCGAAUUAUUUAUUGUAUUAAUCUCGUUAAACGAUAGUUGCCAAGUCAAUAUUACGAAAUCGUGUUGUAUAAAAAAAUGUUCUUGGUCAUCACAAGUUAGUGUUGCUGUGUAUUAUGGACGUUAUAAAAUGCGUUUAAAACAUAAUUAACAUCGUAUUAUUUAGGUUAGAAAACUAUGAUUAGUAGAUUUAUGAAAAUUCAGAUGAAAUCUAUGAGUUGAUAAUGUUUGUAAUAUAUGAAUGAGAUAUGCAGGAUCAAAUCAAACAAAGACUUUUGCGUACUUUUCUUGCAAUAUUUGGAUAUAACUUGCAUGUCUACGUUAAAAAUGUCUGCCGUAGAGGCACCACCUUUUAUUCGAACCAUAGAAUGGGAUAUGAUGGACAAAACAAAGUUUUUUCCAUUGAGUAUGUUGUCAUCAUUCUCUGUACGAUGCUGCCUCUAUCCUCUUACUGUAAUAAAAACCCGUCUUCAAAUACAGAGACAUAAUGUUAUGUAUAAUGGAAUGAUAGACGCCUGCAGAAAAAUUUAUAAAUUGGAAGGAUUUUCUGGGCUCUACAGGGGUUUUUGGAUAAGUUCUAUACAAAUUGUAUCUGGAGUAUUUUAUGUAUCGACUUAUGAAGGAGUGCGCCACUUAUUAGGAAGAGAACCUCUUGCUCUUCGUAUAGAUUCUCUUGUAAAAGCAUUGAUUGCAGGAGGUGCUGCUAGUUUAGUAGGUCAAACAAUAGUUGUACCAUUUGAUAUUCUCAGCCAACAUCUAAUGGUUCUUGGGAUCAAUAACAAAAGUGGUAAAAUUUAUAUAGAUAAGUUAGGGAUGAACCCAUUAGGUUUAAAUCUAGAGCCUGGUAGGUCGCGUGCUCAUAUAUCUAUAGAAGUUGUAAGAUCAAUAUAUCAAAGAGAUGGUUAUAAAGGUUUUUAUCGUGGAUAUGUAGCAUCUUUAUGCGCAUAUGUGCCGAAUAGUGCUCUUUGGUGGGGUUUAUAUACGGUAUAUCAGGAUGAACUUAUAAAGAUAUUUCCAAUAUGGUUUUCACAUUUAUUCAUCCAGGCAGUGGCUGGUACACUUGGUGGCUUUACAACAACUAUUAUUACGAAUCCAUUAGACAUUGUAAGAGCAAGGCUACAAGUGCAAAGAUUAGAUAGUAUGCUUACUGCAUUCAAGAUUUUGUGGAUUGAAGAAGGACUUAAAAUGUUUACAAAGGGGUUAUCGGCUCGUCUUGUUCAAUCAGCUUGUUUCAGUUUUACAAUAAUAUUAGGAUAUGAAACUAUCAAGAGAGUUAGUAUCAAUGAAGAAUAUAAAAGUUUUAUCAGAUGGUGAGUUUAAAAUGUCCAUUCGUAGAAAUGUACAUUUCAACGAAAUAAAAUGCAUUUUAUUAAAAAAUACAUAUGUGAAAGCACAGAUGUGCAAACGAAAUCUCUAGAAGAGAAGUAAAAAAAAAUGAAUAUAUAUAUAUAUAUAUAUAUAUAUAUAUAUAUAUAUAUAUAUACACACACGCAUAUAUGAAAAAUAGUGAAUGAAAACACUAACAAUAAAGAAAUUAAAUUGCUUUGUCAAUUGUGCAAAUAUACAAAAAUAUUUUCAACAGUGAGUGCGAAAUUAAUGAUAUGUUUAAAAAGUAAGCAAGAAGCUACGAGUUAACAUUAAGUAGACUAUAAAUCACAAGUAUGUUAUCAUCUAUAACACAAAACAUUACAGUGAAUUAGCAAGGGUUCCAUUCGAGGGCUUUGAUUUAGUAUACUCAGACAAUAGCCCGCCCAAAGAUCCCACUAUUAUUUAUUAAUACUUUAAACUAUUAUAUGCAGCUAUUUGCUCUGGAAACUUAUUUCAUAUUAUGGAGUAGUAUCGACCCAGAUUUCAUCGUGUGGAGGUUGCUGCAUCUGGAAUCCCAUAGGCUAAGGGUGACUCAUUUAAGUAAAGUAAAUGAGAAUAAUUGAGAAUAAUUGAGAAUAAAAGAUAAUAGAUGAAAACGAAUAAAAAUAUAUAAGAACAAUAAAAUAAUUAUAAUUUUUCUGUGAGUUUCUCUAAGAAAUUAUUUUAGAAUUCUCCUAUAUUUAGUCUGUUUAUCUAUAUUCCAGUAUUAUCAGAUGUAGAAAAUGUAAGUACUUUAAUGUUUAGUUGCAAUUAAAAUGAAGAGAUUUUCGAAUCUAACUGAGAUAAACAUUUAUAGUUGCCCUCUUAAGUCACAGUUUGUGGGGGGCCUCUUCAGCAUAUAGCUUUUUUUUUUACUUCAUGCAUUAACCACUGCUCUAUAGCAUUCCCUAAGUGCAACACAUGGAAAAAAUAUUAAAAGUUAAAGUUUAUUAUGUAUAUCAUGAACUAUUCUAGCCUGUGAACAGUCAAUGGAUCAAAAGAAUCUAUCAAUCGUACUCAUUUACACAGGUAUAUUUACUUAAAUGUUGAAGCAAAUAUUUAAAUUAAUCGAUGAACCUAUUAUUAACACGUUGCAUUUAAAAAAUUAUAAAGUAAUGGACAAAGUUAUAAUAUCUAUGAUAUAAUAAUAAUAAUAUCUAUGAUAUUAUAAUAAUAAUAAUAUCUAUGAUAUUAUAAUAAUAAUAAUAUCUAUGAUAUUAUAACUUUGUCCACCUUAUGGUCGUACUCAUUUUAUAGGACUAUUUUUAUUUUGCAUCUUUAAUAUAUAUACUUUAUUAUAUUUACACGUAUAACAAAUUAUAUAUUUUUGAAGCAAAUACGAAAACGAGUGUAGUGUCAAUAUGUUUAAUAAGUAAUCCAACAUUUAAUAAGUAUGCAACAUGUUCAAAAAUCUUUGCUAAUUUGAAAGAAAUGAAUUUUUAAAUAAAUACAAAGACUUUUAAACUGUUUGACACACACACACACACACACACACAUAUGUAUAUAUAUAUACUUCAAAAGUAAAGUUUUCGACAUCGGAAUAUAAGACAAGAUUUAGGCUUUUAAGGGGCCGCGUGGGAAUAUUUUUCUGUUUUUUUCACGAUUACAUGUUCCUAGUUCCUUUUUUAGAGAUGUUUGUAGAUUCUUUCUAGUAUUUUGUCGGCUUUGGUAAUGAAAAAAUGAAUGAAAAAAUGUAGAGGUGUAAAUUAGAAUGAUAAUUAUAUUAAACAGUAAUGAUCCUAAGUGAUUUAUUAAGUAGUUUUCCAGUUGAGAAACAAUCGCUUAGAACUGGUAACAGUAAUGGCACAUAUAUAAUCCAUGUUUUAUUAUAGUUUUAUGCAAGCAAUAUCCAAGGAGAUAUUAAAAAAAGAAGCAAGUGGAUAAUUAUUACAAAACGUAUCUUCGCGCUUGCCUUGAAUAAAAUAAGACUCCUUUUGUAACGGUCUGAUCGUCAUUUCUCUUCCAAACACGUGACAAUGAAACUUUCAGAGUCACGUUAAGAGGAAAAAGAAGGAACAUAAAUAAAAGAAGACGUGGUGCUAGACGCCACAUUAUUGCCUGGUAGGGAUAUACACACUUGCAUCGUUCUCAGUCGUGCCUCGAUAUUCGAUGGUUUCAACAGCCCCUCUUAGCAUCUUUCUCUCGAAUUUGUGGUGAUAAUUACAGGUAACUUAGUUUUUUAUUUACAUUCGUUUCUUGUUAUUUAAUAGUGUUUAGUUGAAUCAUUUAUAUUUUAUUAAUCGUAUUUUCUACUUAUACCAAAAUCGAGCUCGAUUUUUCACGACUGAAUCAAGGAGACCUGCCAAAAAGAUCCCUUAUAAGGGCCCACAUUCCAGGGCUAUUAUAAUGAAUCACAUUUGGAAAAAAGGAAUAACACUGAUUGCAUUCUUCGAUAAUCUAGCGAAGAAAAGAAGAUGAUGAAGAAAAGAAAAGAAUACCGAAAGUGCAAUGGGACUAAUAACGAAGGAUGGACAUCUCGGAGAUCCCUUUCUGUCAAAAUCAGAGUGGAAAAAUCCAUCUCCAUUUUUCCCUAACCAAGGAAGGAAACCGCUCGUCCUUCGCAAUUAUUGCCUUUAUAUUUUAGCGACACAAGAAUCGAUUCCUUCUUAGCUUCGGGCAUAGUUACGAUAUCGUUCGGAAACUGAAAAAUAGAAAGAAAAUUAUCAUAAAGCGUUGAAAAUAUUUGUAAUGUUUGACAUAAAAAUAUACUUGAGUCAAGUCUUGGUUAUUGUACGACGAGCAUCUUGCCUUAAGUUGAUGAAGAAAUUUGGCAUAAAUAAGAAACCGUAUGAAUUAGAUGAGUUACGUAACAUUUAAAUAAAUAGAAUAUUGUUUAAAUAUUACUCUUUUUAUAUAAAAUAUAAGGUAGUAUAUAAACUGAGAUUUUCGCGUUCCAUAAUAUUAAAUUAAAAUUAAAUUAUACUUUACAAGUGUUACAAACGGCGUAACGUUUAAGCAGUCGUGUUAUCUUUUAAAUAUUUGUUUAUAAUACUGCGCGUACAUUAAUAUUAACAUAUAUUACUUAAAUAAUUAUAAAGUGAUAGAAAGCAUAAAAGAUUUAAGUUUAGCUGGAUCAAAUGGAUGAAUUUCGAUGUUUAUUUGAUGGAACGCAAAAGAAAAUUAAUCGAAUUACUAUUAAAGUCAGAAAAUUAAUUUUUGUCGAUAUUCUAGCGAGAUUCUUUGUUUCAUUAUAUAUAUACAUAUAUAUAAUAGCUUAAUUUUUUUUAUUUUAAGUCGUUUUAAUUAGGGUGAAAUGACAAAUGAAAAUGUGUUUCUCUGUGAACAAAAGAAACGACAAUUUACGUUUAUUAUUCACAAUGUUAAAUUUUAUUUAAUAUAUAUUAUAAAUUUCCUUAUAGCUCUCGUGUUACUUUUCUCUUCUACGUUAUAUUUCAUAUUGUCCGUUUCUCUUCCAAAUCUUAACGGCUAGGUUUGUAGGUCACAAAAGAAAUUGUAAAUAAUAAAAGACAAUGGAAGGGCGGGCUAUGAGACGCAAAUCUAUCUGAA